AUGCAGAUCUUCGUCAAGACCCUGACUGGGAAGACGAUCACUUUGGAGGUCGAAUCCUCCGAUACCAUAGAUAACGUCAAGUCGAAAAUUCAAGAUAAGGAGGGCAUCCCCCCCGACCAGCAACGCCUGAUCUUCGCUGGCAAGCAACUCGAAGACGGCCGCACCCUUUCCGACUACAACAUCCAGAAGGAGUCGACUCUUCAUCUCGUCCUCCGUCUCCGUGGUGGUGCUAAGAAGCGCAAGAAGAAGGUCUAUACUACCCCCAAGAAGAUCAAGCACAAGCGGAAGAAGACCAAGUUGGCGGUUCUCAAGUACUACAAGGUCGAUGGUGAUGGAAAGAUCGAGCGUCUGCGCAGAGAGUGCCCUACUCCUGAUUGCGGAGCCGGUGUUUUCAUGGCCGCCAUGCACGACCGUCAAUACUGCGGACGUUGCCACUUGACCUACAUCUUCGAUGAGGCCGGAAAGUAA